AUGGUUCCAUCUGUGACCAGCAGGGUGUUCAGCCGCCUUCGCGUGCCACAGCAGCAGUCGUGUUGGAUGCGGCAGAAAGCAGGGUUCAUGAUGGAAGGUAAUGAUGGUAAUACUCAGGAGGAGGGGUGGAAGCGGAGGACUGGGAGUGAGGCCGCCCAUGGGCCUCUCUUGGCCGCCGUUUCUGCCUGCUGGUGCACCCGAGCUGCUCCUCGGGAGGCUUGGGCACCCUUUGGCCGCCCCUCAUGCCAGCUGGUCGCCCGUGGCAGCGCCUGCAGGUGUGUGCUGCUUCUGUUUGACUUCGGGCCGUGGCCCGUCGGCACCUCUUGA